AUGCCAAAAAACACCGGUUCCCUAUCAUGUGCCGAAACACCGUCGGCGCCGCACCAUCAAAACACGAGCCAAAUUGGCUCUGUCGAUUCUCUAGAAAAUGAUGAUUUUUAUCAUCCCAAUGAAUGCUCUGGAAAAAAGCGAAAAUCUAGAUCAGAGCAUUUGGCAAAUAUAAAAAAGGUGGAAAGCGUGCCUGACUGGAAAUCUGCUCUGGCAAAAAAUACGGGAUCGCCGCCGGUGUACCGCUCUCCCGUUGUGAUAAUUGUGUGCAUGUCUGCGAUCCGGGCCGUCGAACUAAUCAAAAACGAAUGCCAAUCUUUUGGCCUGUUGUGUAAAAUAGGAAAACUUUUUGCAAAGCAUUUUUCAGUCGACGAGCAAAAGGCAUAUUUGAGUGGUAAUGAGGUUCGUAUUGCCGUGGGCACACCCCAUCGACUCUCUGUCUUGAUCUCAGAUGGGACUUUAUCUCUGUCGUUGUUGAGGCUGGUAGUUUUAGACCUGAAAAGCGAUGCCAAGGGCAGAAACCUUAUAGAAAGCAAUGAUACCUCAAAAGACCUUUCCCUGCUUUUACAAGACCAUUUGAUGAAGACCAUCUGCGACGAGACCAGAAUGUUUUUGUUCCAUUAA